GCGACGUUUUCCUCUUCAACCUGGCGGACGCCCUCUACGAGAGUUACCUCAACGAUAGGGAAAUCGACGACUUAAACGAGGCAGUCACGUUUUACCGCGCUGCUUUGGAACUCCGACCCGUCGAAAACGAUACAUAUCGUCGGUCCACGUCACUCAACGAUCUUGCUCGCUGUCUUUCGAUUAGAUAUGACCAUCAGGGGGCAGUCGACGACUUGGAAAAGGCCAUUACGCUCGCACGUGGAGCACUAGAGCUCCGUCCGCCAGGGCAUCUCCAUCGUAAUGUAACUCUCUGCAAUCUUGCUGACACCCUCCGGAAGAGGGUCCAGAAACAAGCUAUCAUGCACGAUUUGGAUGAAGCGAUCGAGCUACAUCGUGCAGCUUUGGAAUUACUUCCUUCUGUACAUCAUUAUCGGCUGGCAUCGCUCCGUCAGCUUGCUUUCUGUCUCAAAUAGAUAUGAAAAUCGAGGGGGAGUCGAUGACUUGGACGAAGUCGUGAGACUCAGACGUGCAGAACUAGAGCUCUGUCCACGAGGGCAUCCUGUUCAUGGCGAAUCUCUCCACAAUCUUGCUUGUGACCUCAGGAGGAGGUUCGCGAAAAAGGCUGCGAUCCGCGACUUGGAGGAAUCGAUUGUACUGCUCCGUCCAGCUUUGGAAUUGCGUCCCUCUGGACAUCCUCACCGGUUCUCAACACUCCAUGAACUUGCUCUCUGCCUGUCGAAUAGAUAUGACAAGCUGGGGACCGUCGAUGACUUGGAAGAAGCUAUUAUGCGUGGACGUGCAGCACUAGACCUCCGGCCACCAGGGCAUGCCAAUCGUGACGAGCUUCUCCACCAUCUCGCUUGCGACCUCAGAAAGAGGUUCGUAAAACAGGCUGCCAUACGCGAUUUGGAGGAAGCGAUUGAGUUGCAUCGCGCAGCUUCAGAACUACGUCCCUCUGGACAUCCUGAUCGGUCCUCGACCCUUAAUGAACUUGCUUUCUGUCUGUCAAUUAGAUAUGUCACGCUGGGGGGAGUCGAUGAUUUGAAUGAAGCUAUAAAGCUUGGACGUGCAGCACUAGAGCUCCAUCCACCAGGGCAUGCCAAUCGUAGCGAAUCUCUCCAUAAUAUCGCUUGCGACCUCAGGAGGAGAUUUGCGGAAUAGGCUGCGAUCUCGACUUGCAGGAGGCGAUUGAACUGCUCCGUCCCGCUCUGGAACUACGCCCCACUGGACAUCCCGAUCGAUCCUCGACGCUUUAUGAACUUGCGUUCUGUCUGUCAAAUAGACAUGAUAAACAAGGGUUGGUCGAUGACUUAGAAGAAGCCAUCACGCUCGGACGUGCGGCACUAGAGCUCUGUCCGAUAGGGCAUCCUAAUCGUGGCGCGGUUCUUUAUAUCCUUGCAUGCAACUUGUGGAAGAAAUUUCAGAAACAGGCUGAUAUGCCUGAGUUGCACAGGGCAGAUUUCCCUGAUCAGGCUGUGUCGGUGAUCUGUCCAUCAAGCAGGGCUGAUGUCGCCUCCUCCCUUUUCGAGCUCUCGCUACACCUCUGGGACCGGUUU